GCCAAAGCCUAGUCCAUGUGCCAGACAGCCAUAGACACAGAGCAUACGAUUCUUCAGCUCUGAACAUCCACAAUCGGCACGCGACCCUAGGUCUCUCUCUCUCUCUCUCUCUCCACACGCCCCUCUAUCUCACAGAAGACGCCGUUAAUCGAUUCACCGAGCUCUCUUAUCUGUACAACCAAUCCUUAUCACCAUCAUCAUCAUAAUCGUCGUGUGUCGUUUUGGAUGUUAAUGUGUGAGCGAUCGUCAUGUAUAUAACGGCCUGUUCGUCUGCUACUUCUUCACUCCUCAGAGCCUCACGGUCUCGAUUUUCGUCUUCCCUAUCCUCAUCUUUUUCUUCUCUCGCUAGAAGUGGUUCUCAUUCCUCACCGGCUGUGUUCAACCAGAGCCGAUCUCUAGGAUACUCCUCGGCGUUGCGGUCCCUACGGUGCUCUGUUUCGCGGUGGAGUCACGGUGUCGAUUGGAAGUCUCCGUUGAGUCUUAGGUCCCAGAUCAGGACUGUCGCUCCUCCUGCUAUCAACGGCUUCGAACGAAAGAUCGCUACUAUGGCUUCUGAGAAUGCUUUCAAGGGUAUCCUUACCAGUCUACCCAAGCCUGCAGGUGGCGAAUUCGGAAAAUUCUAUAGCCUGCCUGCUCUGAAUGAUCCAAGGAUAGAUAAGCUUCCAUACUCUAUUAGAAUCCUUCUUGAAUCAGCAAUUCGUAAUUGUGACAACUUUCAAGUCACUAAGGAAGAUGUUGAGAAGAUUAUUGAUUGGGAAAAAACUUCCCCGAAGCAAGUUGAAAUUCCCUUCAAGCCUGCCCGUGUUCUCUUGCAGGAUUUUACUGGUGUACCAGCUGUGGUUGACCUUGCUUGUAUGCGUGAUGCCAUGAAUAAGCUUGGCAGUGAUUCUAACAAGAUCAAUCCUUUGGUUCCUGUAGAUCUUGUUAUAGAUCAUUCAGUCCAAGUUGAUGUGGCAAGGUCAGAAAAUGCCGUGCAAGCCAAUAUGGAGCUUGAAUUUCAGAGAAACAAGGAGAGAUUUGCUUUUCUCAAAUGGGGAUCUAAUGCUUUUCAAAAUAUGCUUGUUGUUCCUCCAGGGUCUGGUAUAGUGCAUCAGGUUAAUCUUGAAUAUCUUGGACGGGUCGUUUUUAACACUGACGGCGUAAUCUACCCAGAUAGUGUGGUCGGAACUGAUUCCCACACUACUAUGAUCGAUGGAUUAGGGGUUGCAGGUUGGGGAGUUGGAGGAAUUGAAGCAGAGGCAGCAAUGCUUGGCCAGCCAAUGAGCAUGGUGUUGCCUGGUGUUGUUGGGUUCAAGUUAUCUGGAGAAUUACGCAAUGGUGUCACGGCAACUGACUUGGUCUUAACUGUCACACAAAUUCUUAGGAAGCACGGUGUUGUUGGCAAAUUUGUCGAGUUCUAUGGGGAUGGUAUGGGUGAACUAUCAUUAGCUGACAGGGCCACCAUUGCCAACAUGUCUCCUGAGUAUGGUGCAACGAUGGGGUUUUUCCCUGUAGAUCAUGUUACUUUGCAAUAUCUCAAAUUAACUGGAAGAAGUGAUGAGACUGUGGCAAUGAUAGAAGCAUAUCUGCGGGCAAAUAAGAUGUUUGUUGACUAUAAAGAGCCUCAACAAGAAAGGGUGUACUCAUCCUACUUAAAUCUAGACCUUGCAGACGUUGAGCCCUGUGUUUCAGGGCCUAAGAGACCUCAUGACCGUGUUCCUUUGAAAGAAAUGAAAGCUGAUUGGCAUUCUUGCCUUGAUAACAAAGUGGGAUUUAAGGGCUUUGCUGUACCAAAGGAUACCCAAGAAAAAGUGGCAAAAUUCUCAUUCCAUGGAAAUCCAGCGGAGCUAAAGCAUGGUAGUGUCGUGAUUGCUGCUAUCACAAGCUGCACAAAUACAUCAAACCCUAGUGUUAUGCUUGGUGCAGCCCUUGUUGCCAAAAAGGCAUGCGAAUUGGGUCUACAGGUUAAACCAUGGAUUAAAACUAGUCUCGCUCCAGGAUCUGGUGUUGUUACAAAAUAUUUACUCCAGAGUGGGCUGCAAAAGUAUUUGAAUGAGCAAGGCUUUCAUAUUGUUGGAUAUGGCUGCACAACCUGUAUUGGAAAUUCUGGGGAUUUAGAUGAAACAGUUGCUUCUGCAAUAACAGAAAAUGACAUUGUUGCAGCUGCUGUUCUUUCUGGGAACCGGAACUUUGAGGGUCGUGUUCAUGCCUUGACAAGAGCAAACUACCUUGCUUCACCUCCUUUAGUUGUUGCCUAUGCCCUUGCUGGCACGGUUGACAUUGAUUUUGAGAAGGAGCCAAUUGGAGUAGGAAAGGAUGGUAAGAAUGUCUAUUUUAGGGAUAUCUGGCCAUCUACUGAAGAAAUUGCUGAGGUUGUUCAAUCCAGUGUAUUGCCUGAUAUGUUCAAGAGUACUUAUGAGGCUAUCACGAAGGGUAAUACCAUGUGGAAUCAACUAUCAAUCCCAGCUUCCAAGCUGUACUCAUGGGACCACGAAUCUACAUACAUUCACGAGCCACCAUAUUUCAAGGGCAUGACCAUGGAUCCUCCUGGAUCCCAUGGAGUGAAGGAUGCCUAUUGCUUGCUGAACUUUGGUGACAGUAUUACAACAGAUCACAUCUCCCCAGCAGGAAGCAUUCAUAAAGAUAGUCCAGCUGCGAAGUACCUUCUUGAGCGUGGUGUGGAUCGCAAGGACUUCAAUUCCUAUGGCAGCCGUCGUGGCAAUGAUGAAGUGAUGGCAAGGGGAACUUUUGCCAACAUCCGGCUUGUUAACAAGCUAUUAAAUGGGGAAGUAGGCGCAAAGACAGUUCACAUUCCCACAGGGGAGAAACUCUAUGUCUUUGAUGCUGCAAUGAGGUACAAGGCUGCUGGGCAGGAAACUAUUAUCUUGGCUGGAGCAGAGUAUGGAAGUGGAAGCUCUCGAGACUGGGCUGCCAAGGGCCCAAUGUUAUUGGGAGUUAAAGCGGUGAUCUCAAAAAGCUUUGAAAGGAUUCAUCGCAGUAAUUUGGUAGGAAUGGGUAUUAUUCCACUUUGUUUCAAGUCCGGUGAGGAUGCGGACACACUAGGAUUGACGGGUCAUGAGCGAUAUACCAUUGACCUCCCAAGCAAAAUUAGUGAGAUCCGGCCUGGCCAAGAUGUCACCGUCAACACCGACUCUGGAAAAUCUUUCACUUGCACCGCCCGCUUUGACACCGAGGUGGAGUUGGCUUAUUUCAAUAAUGGUGGCAUUCUUCCAUACGUUAUUCGCCAGCUGAUUACACAGUGAGUGGCUCGGGCCUCAUUCCAUUUGAGCUUUUCAAAUUGUAAAACUUGAAAGGAGAAUAAAAGUUUCCACAAUAUUAAUACCCCUUGUAAGGGACAGGAAUAUUGAGAUUUCUUUCCUCGCAACAAACGGAACAACAAUUUUUUGUAAUACCUGCUUUACUAUGUGACUUUUUAUCCUUGGACAACUGAAGAUUUAUCCCAUGAGCGAGUAAAAAUGCGACAUUAUUAUUUUCGCAUAUAAGGUAGCGGAUGGUGGAUGUUUAAAGUAAGAAAAUUCUCAGUCUUAAUUGUUAUUAUGUUUGUAGGCUUACAUAAAAUGUUAAACAUAGACGUGUUUAGCAUAGAAUCUGUUUAUUCAAUUGAGAAAUUCUGUUUCCUAAGUUUUAAUUAUGUUGUAAAUCAAAUCUUCUGUGAGCUGUGAAAAUGAGGAUCAAACUGUUUUGCAUUUGUAAAACAGUAAAUGCGAAACAGUUUUUCUAUUUUCGAAUAUAAAAAAACAGAAAAGAAGUUGUUUGGACGGUAGAAUUUUGUGUUCAGUUUUUCAAAAUAUGG